UUUAAAAUUGGCGUGAGUGGUCUUAAAACUGGGGUAGGAGUGGCUGCAUCUUUCCAGAAGAUGUGGUGGUUCUUGCCUGGGCUGCUUCCUGGCGCUUCUCUUGACUUUGCUUCACGCCCUGGGCACCCCGAGGUUCUGUUGCAACUGCUCUCACCAUUGCAGCCAUGAUCUCCUUACCGGACACCCAGAGAAUUGGAGUGGGAUUAACAGGAUAUGGAGUAUUUUUCCUGUUCUUUGGAAUGAUUCUCUUAUUUGACAAAGCACUACUGGCUAUUGGAAAUGUUUUAUUUGUGACUAGCUUGGCUUUUGCAAUUGGUUUACAAAGAACAUUCAGAGUCUUCUUCCAAAAACAUAACAUCAAAGCUACAGGAUUUUUCCUAGGUGGUAUAUUUGUUGUCCUUGUUGGUUGGCCCUUCGUAGGCAUGAUCUUUGAAAUUUAUGAUUUUUUUCUUGUUUUCAGGGGCUUCUUUCCUAUGGUCACUGGCUUUAUUAGAAGAGUGCCAGUCCUUGGGUUCCUCCUGAAUUUACAUGGAAUUAGAUCAUUUGUUGAUAAAGUUGGAGAAAGCAACAGUAUGGUAGAAAGACAAGUGAAUUGGGGAUUCAUUUAAAAUAUUGUAUUAUUUAUAAAGUCCUUUGAAGAAUAUUCAGCCCAAAAUUAAAUUACAUGAAAUAGCGUGUAAUGUUUUUUACAGAAGUUUAAAACUUAGAUCCCACCAAGUACCAAUAGCAGUUAAAAAGCAAUGAAAGCAGUCUUCUAAUCAAGUGAUCUAAGAAGUCAGCAAGGAAACUGAAGGAGUGAAAUCUUUGUUACAAUACAUAUUGAAACUCUUGAGGAUGAUUUUUAUUGUUUUUCUGCAGUGUGGGAAAUACAGCCAUCAUUGGAGAACUGUGGUUCUGUUUCUUUUCUUUUUCUUUUGAAGAUGCAGGAGCACCCAUAGGCAUUUGCUUUUUGGAAAUAUCCACUGGAAUGGCAAAAGUAUUUCCAGUUACAUUGUGUCUCUGAAAGUGAUAACAUGAGUUAGAUUGGAUUAUGUCAUUUUAAUGUAUUAAAGCCAAGGAAAACCCAGUUUUGAUGGAUGAAAGUCAUUCGACUUUUUUUUUUGGUAACAUGGUUAAAAUUUUUAAAAA